AUGAAUAGUCCUAAAAGUGGUGAAAGUAAAGAUGAUCAUCCAACGAGUUUCGUAAAAGCAGUUUCGUCUUCUUCAUCUAAAGCUGAUCGAAAUUCAAAAGACAAAAGCAAAGUCUCAACAGUUAAAAGUGAAAAAGCAUGUAAUGGAAUUGUCUCUUCAUCGUCAUCGUCAUCACCUCCUUCGUCAACGAAAACAACAACAACAACAUCGACAAGCAAUUCAAAGCUCAACAAUAAAAUGAAUUCUAAAUCUAGUGGUGAUAAAAAGGAAGAUUCAGAUCGACCAGAUUCUCAUGAAGAAGAUGAAGGUAUUAAUUUGGACGAAUCGAGUCACAGUAAUGGAAAAAAGUUGACCUUUGCUGAAGUUGCUCGUCGUUCUAAAGCAAAAGCGACCGCAGCAAGUGGAGUGGAAAAGUAAUGACCAGAAUUAUUAUGUAUAAGUGGUUUAUGCAUAUUAUGUGUCAUCAUCAAUGAACAUUUUUGAACUUUUUGUUUGUUUGCGUUUUCCAAACAAAUACAAAUCAUGGGAGAAUCGUCAUUUUCCUUCAAACUAAAUUACAUUAUCUAUGGAAAUGAUAAUGAAAACAACUACUAAUGAUUGUCUUCGUCAAAACCAAUCACUAAAAAAUCCAAUCAAAUCGAUCUCAUCAGCUAAAUUAACAUAAUUUGUUUUCAAUCAUAGAAAAACAAACUCAAUCAAUUGAUUUGA